AUGGCUUCAACUUCUAGGGUUUGUCUUUUUGUGCUUCUUGGUGUUCUUGUUUGUAGUAGCAUUGAUGCAAGGAAGCUUGAGAGUGAUAAGGGUUUAAGAGAUGAGAAGAAUUUCUAUCAUCCAGGGUUCGGUGGAGGUGCAGGCGCGGGAGGAGGUGGUGGUUUUGGUAGUGGAGGAGGGAUAGGUGGUGGUUCAGGGAGCGGAUUUGGUGCAGGUGCUGGUUCCGGAAGUGGAUUUGGUGCUGGUGGUGGUUCUGGUAGUGGACUUGGCGGUGGAGGAGGUUCUGGUGGUGGUGGUGGAUUUGGCGGAGGAGGUGGUACUGGUGGAGGUUCAGGAUUUGGAGGAGGGUCCGGAUUUGGAGGUGGUGCUGGUGCUGGUAGUGGACUUGGAGGAGGUGGUGGGGGAGGAUUUGGAGGCGGUGGUGGUGGUGGACACGGUGGUGUCGGAUCCGGUGGAGGAUUUGGUAGUGGAGCAGGUGGAGGAGUUGGAGGUGGAUUUCCAUGA